AAGUAGGAGGGCUUUCGGAAACAGGAAAACGAGUCAGGGGUCGGAAUAAAUUUUAGUAUAUUUUGUGGACAAUUCCCAGAAAUUAAUGGCUAUGAGUUCUUUUUUGAUCAACUCAAACUAUGUCGACCCCAAGUUCCCUCCGUGCGAGGAAUAUUCACAGAGCGAUUACCUACCCAGCGACCACUCGCCGGGGUACUACGCCGGCGGCCAGAGGCGAGAAAGCAGCUUCCAGCCGGAGGCGGGCUUCGGGCGGCGCUCCGCGUGCACCGUGCAGCGCUACGCGGCCUGCCGGGACCCUGGGCCCCCGCCGCCUCCGCCACCGCCCCCGCCGCCCCCGCCACCGCCCGGGCUGUCCCCUCGGGCUCCCGCUCCGCCGCCCUCUGGGGCCCUCCUCCCGGAGCCCGGCCAGCGCUGCGAGGCCGUCAGCAGCAGCCCCCCGCCGCCUCCCUGCGCUCAGAACCCCCUGCACCCCAGCCCGUCCCACUCCGCGUGCAAAGAGCCCGUCGUCUACCCCUGGAUGCGCAAAGUUCACGUGAGCACGGUAAACCCCAAUUACGCCGGCGGGGAGCCCAAGCGCUCUCGGACCGCCUACACUCGCCAGCAGGUCUUGGAGCUGGAGAAGGAAUUUCACUACAACCGCUACCUGACGCGGCGCCGGAGGGUGGAGAUCGCCCACGCGCUCUGCCUGUCCGAACGCCAGAUUAAGAUUUGGUUCCAGAACCGGCGAAUGAAGUGGAAAAAAGACCACAAGUUGCCCAACACCAAGAUCCGCUCGGGUAGCACCGCAGGCGCAGCCGGAGGGCCCCCUGGCCGGCCCAACGGAGGCCCCCCCGCGCUCUAGUGUCCCCCACGUGGGAGCCGCGAACCUCGGGGCGGGGGUGGGUUGCGAGCGCGGGGGGGUGCGGUUGGGGGAGACGCGGGAGGGGACCCUGAGGCCUGGGUCCGAAAAAGCCUACCUGCCCUCCCCCCACUUUGUCUAUUUACACGAAUAAAUGCAGAGGAGGGGGGAGGGGAAGCUUUAUUUAUAGAAAUGACACUAUGGAGCCGGGCGAGGCCCCCCAGAAGCAAGGUUCAAGUCUCUUGCUUUCUUCCUUAAAAAAAAGAAGAAGGAAGAAAGAAAAAGACAGAAAGAGAAAUAGGAGGAGGCUGCACUCCUCAUUUUCAGCUUUGGUGAAGAUGGAUCCACGUUUCAUCUUUAAUCACGCCAGGCCCAGGCCCAUCUGUCUUGUUUACUCUGCCGAGGAGAGGACGGGCCUCGGUGGCGACCAUUACCUCGACACCCCGCUAACAAAUGAGGCCCGGCUCGGCCGCCGCCGCCGCCGCCUCUGCUGCUGCCGCUGCUGGAAGACAGUCUGGAUAUUUUUUCUUUGUCCCCCAUUCCUGAAACCCAGCGAAAGCAUCCUCUGACUGCCAGAUAGCGCAGUGUUUUGGCCACGGUAACAAACACAUGCACGCAACCUCUCUCCCCCGCCGUGCCCGUUCAUGGGGACGCUGGCCGCUCACCCCCUUGCACUGCGGGGCUGGGGUAGGGACCACAGGAAGGGGACAAGCGGAGGCGGGCAGGGGGAUGCGUGCCUCGGCUACGCAGGAGCAGGGCAGGGAAACAGUCCAAGAGAAAGAGAGGACCCAGAGACCAGGAGGGCCUUCCUCUGGAAGGUCAAGCUGUGUCUGGCGGGGUGAGGGGCCAGUUGCGUUCUGGGAGCUGGGCACAACCCUCUGGCCAAUCUGGAGUUGUACAGUGGAGGCCUGUUCUAGACUGAAAGUGAAUGUGAAACUAGGAAAUAAAAUGCCCUUCCCACCUGGGAGAUGAGGUUACAGAAACCUCUCCCAUAGUUCAUCAUUGUUGCAUUGAUUAUUAUUAUUAUUAUUAUUAUUAUUAAUUAUUUUAUGUCAUGUGCGUCCUCUCUCCUAUGCUCUUUCUGACAUUCCAAACCAGGACCCUUCUUAGUUCUGGGGCUGCCUGAGUCUAGAACCCUUUGUUGGCGUGAAAAUGUGUGUCCUGUACAGAGUGACAAUAGAAAUAAAUGUUUGGUUUCUUGUGACCAGCACGGCGUGUUUUUGUUGAAACCUUGAUGUAAAGAUGCAGAUAAAUGCCUCCCAGAGUAUAUUUUAGGCACCCCGGUCCAUUCGACUGCACAUUUAUGUGGCUGAGGAAUUUUUUCAAAGGAUCCGAUGGGAAUUUGUAUCUCAGAGGACUCCAAAUUGUGGUGGCUGGUUUGUUUUCCUUUUGGGGUGGGUGUGUUUUGUUUGGGGCUUUUAAUUUUUCCCCUCUAGUCCAAAAAUGGAUUGAAAGGACUGAGAGGGCUGACUCCAAUCCCUAAUGGGGGGAAAAUGUUUCAUUGUAGAACACAAGAGGCUUAAGUAUGACAAAGGCUUUCAUAUAGUGAUUUAUUUGUCAUAAGCAAAUAAAAUGCGGUUAAAGCUGUCUCCUUCUAGACAGACGACUCUUUGCUUAUUAAAGUUCCGAGAGAGGAUUCUGAGCGGCCGGCCUCUUUCCUCCCGCGUAAGAAGGUAUCGUUUUCCUCUGAGGUGUUUAAGGCUUUAAUGAGUCUAAUUUUUUGCACAGAUGUUUCUGGGUGUUUGCAGGUUUUCAGAGUAUUUUUAUAUUACAAAGGAGC